AGCCCACAGAAUGCAGCAAACAGUGUGCUAAGCCCAAUCAGGAUACGCCAGCCCCGCGACCUGCAAUUGCAAAACGUGGGGUUUCCAGGUGCUGCUGUGUGCUGCUGCACUGCUUCGCAGCCCGUCUCUUGCGCGUGGGACGUCAUCACCCAACAGCACAGCAGCAACCAACUUAGACUACGUGCGACCACCAACGUCGAUCCAAUCCAUUGCCAUCAAUACCCCUCAACCGUGCUGUAUUUUGUAUUUUACAAAUCGCACUUGAUUUUUUUGACCAGCAAUUACAUCGCCAAUCGCGUUUGCUCGUCUGUCUCUCUCUGUACCCCGCAAUAGCUGAAAAGGGAAGGGCAAAAAAACAAAGCUUCCCUUGUUCCGAUCUCUCUACCUUUGUCAACAAACACAACAUCACCAAGUCGCAACCAUGGCUGAUACCGGUCUCCCCCCCAACUGGGAAGUUCGCCACUCCAACUCCAAGAACCUGCCCUACUACUUCAACUCCCAAGACAAGGUAUCCCGAUGGGAGCCGCCUGCCGGAACCGACAGCGAAAAGCUUAAGCACUACAUGGCUGCUAACCACAGCGCUGGCUCCCGCCAUGGUGCCGUCCCCGGCGUCCCAGAGGGCAAGAUCCGCGCCGCCCAUCUCCUCGUCAAGCACCGCGACUCCCGCCGCCCCAGCUCAUGGCGCGAGGCCGAAAUCACCCGCUCCAAAGAACAGGCCAUGGAUAUCAUCAAGGCCCACGAAGCCAAGAUCAAGUCGGGCGCCACAUCGCUCGGCGACCUCGCCCCUACCGAGUCUGACUGCUCGUCGGCGCGAAAGCGCGGCGAUCUUGGCUACUUUGGCCGCGGUGACAUGCAGAAGGAGUUCGAAGAAGCCUCGUUUGCCCUUAAGCCGGGCGAGAUGAGCAGCAUUGUUGAGACUGCCAGUGGCCUGCAUCUGAUUGAAAGACUCGAGUAAGGGCCACACGGCAUGCACCCGUCAAACACAGACCACAGAACAGCCAAAGAACCAAAUUAGUAAAAUAGUGAAAAAAAAAGAAUGUCUAUUUGUUUCAUAGUUCCCCUAUGCGCCUAGCCCAGUGAUAGGCUUCCUGUGUGUCCGCGCUAUCCUGCGAGGAAUUUGUCUAAAGCAAUUGUAAUGUACAUUAUGUGCAAAAUCGAUACACUCGAAAAUAUCCC